AUGCUUAACGAGGACGGUUCAAAAACUCUACUCGAUCUUUACAUACAGGUGGUCAUAAUCAAUGUGGGAAAGCUGCAGAACGCACCAGAUAUACUAGAAGUUAUGAGAUUAAUCUUCGAAUAUGCGAUACCAGAGGAUCAGGAUCAAGACACUGCAAUAUCUGAAACAUUUGAUGUAGAUGAGCUCUGCUCAUCCGUCUCGAAAAAUUAUGAAGUAUUCACGAAAAGAGUGAAAGAAACUGCCAAUGAAGAAACAACGAGCGUGAUGAUAUCCAAACUCAAGAUGAUUGCCUCGCUGGUGGAUACCAAAGUUCAAGUCAGUAAGAUUCUCGGCAAGUCGAUGGUGGAAAACCUGUACCAAGAUUGGAUUUGUGAUAUGAAUCUCGACUCUCUGCAAUGGAAUAGAGUCAAGUACUAUGUGCUAGACGCGUUAUGCAGUUUGUGCAAAGAGGUUGAGAUCGCUCGCCAUUUGUUGAAUCCAGCUGAACUGGCAGAAAUCAAAUUGUCAAACAUUAUCAGCUUUCUCGUUGUUGGGACACAUUCAGCAUUUAUCAAGGCGGGAUUAGUUUGGCAGCAAUCGACAGUGAAGAUAUCUUCAAAGGAAUCAGCAAGACAUCCCCAGUUCUGCGAAAAGUACAAUAUUGACAGAGAAUAUGAGGAUUCGUUCGAUUGCCGUUCUGAAGGCAGCGACUUUGACGAAGCUCGCAGCCCGGCCAAAAAGGGGGUUAUGAGCCUGGAAGGAAAGCUCCAUGAUUUGUGCAAAUUCACUUUCACGAAAAAGAGAAAGUCUUUGGAAUUGCAAAUACAAGCUGAGAAGCUGAAUCUGCAAACGGAAAUUGAUCAUUACCAACUUCUCCAAAGUGAAAAGCUGAAACAAGUCAUGCAAGAUUACAAUAACCAGAAUGAAAACAUUCAAACGAGAAGGAAACGACUCAAAACUCUGAUGCGGGAGCAAUGUGAAUCGUUUCGAAAUUUCAUGGUAAAGAUGGAUGGAGUUCACAAAGAAUCCGCAGACAGAGAGUCUUUCCACAACAAGAAAGACUGUCGGAAGAAUCAUGGAAGGAUAGAGGAAUAA